UAGCAUUCCUUCCAUCAAUCAUCAACAAAAAGCUUUGCUUUGCAUCUUAAAAAUGGACUCAAGGUUAUUCGAGUCUGCUUUAACCGGAAACAUCGACGACUUACACAAGUUAUUAAGAGAAAACCCUUUGAUGCUUCACACCAUUUCACUUUAUACCAAUCAAAAUCCUUUACAUAUUGCUUCAGCUGAAGGGCAUGUUGGGUUUGUUACAGAGAUCUUGAAACUAAAACCUGAGUAUGCCAAAGAAGUAAACAAAGAUGGUUUUAGCCCUCUUCAUAUGGCAGCUGCAAAUGGGCAUAUUGAAAUCGUGAGAGAGCUUAUGAAUAUCGACCCGAAACUAUGCAGCGUAGCGGGACGAGAGAAGAAGACGCCUUUCCAUUUUGCAGCCAUGAAAGGGAGGGUUGAUGUCAUCAAUGAAAUGCUUGGGAGAUAUGCAGAAUGUAUCGAGGGUGUGACAGUUCAAAAGGAGACUGCUCUGCACCUUGCAAUAAAGAACAACCAGUUUGAGGCAAUUAAGGUUAUGGUUGCUUGGAUUGUAAGGAUGAAGAAAGAAGACAUCUUGAAUCUCAAGGAUGAGCAAGGCAAUACACUUCUCCAUUUAGCGACCUGGAAAAAACAACGACAGGUGAUAGAAUUAGUACUCGGAAGUGGAACAACAAGUCCAGGCUUGUUAGACAUAAAUGCAACAAACAGAACUGGUCUAACUGCCAUGGAUGUGCUUCAGAUGUUUCCUAGUGAAGCCGGUGAUAGAGAAAUUGCAGAGAUUCUUCGACAAGCUGGAUUAGUGAGUGCUAGAGAUGUUACGCUUCAUCGAAGUCCUUCCCAUGAAUUUCAUGAUCCAGAACCACAAGACCACCCAAGAACACAACGGAGAAAUGGAAGGUGGGAUGAAAACAUGGCGUCUCACGAUCCAGAACCAGACCAACCAAGAACGCGACGAAGAAGUCGAUGGUGGUUCGAAAGCAUGGCGGAGUAUUUCAAGUUUAAGAAAGGCCGAGACUCUCCGAGUGAAGCUCGAAAUACUUUAUUGGUUAUAGCUGUUUUGGUGGCCACUGCAACCUUCCAGGUUGGACUCAAUCCUCCGGGUGGAACAUGGGAAGAUAGUUAUUUUACAAACCAGAACAAUGCCACCGGCCUCCAUGGAUCACACUUAGCAGGGACUUCCAUCAUGGGAACAAACGACACAACAUCUUUCGUGCUAUUUGUGGCUUCCAACUCUCUCGGUUUCGCGAUGUCGUUGUUCAUGAUCAACAUCCUCACAAGCGAAUUCCCAAUGCAGUUGGAGCUUCAGAUUUGUUUGAUUUCACUGUUUUUCACAUACAACACCGCCAUAUCCAGCAUUGCGCCAAGUAAUUUAAGGACCUUCACCGUCAUACUUACAUCAGUUUUUUCAGGAAGCAUACCACCAUCAACCUUUUUGGUGAAACAAGUACUGCAUAUGUUCAAAACAAUUGCCAAGGACAUAAUCCACAGAGUCCGUCCCAACCCGACCCAAGGACAACUCUAGGCACACCGCAAACUCGAGCAGAACUCAUCGAAAACCUG